UAUCAUGGAUUGGCACCUCAAAACUCAAAGUAAUCAACUUCAAAAUGACUUCUCUUUUCUUCUUAGUUUUCCUUUUCUCAUCUCUUCUCACUCCAAAUGUUGAUGCCAGUCCAAUUUACAUAGAAGCUCUCUCCAAGUCAUUGCUCUUCUUCCACGGUCAGCGGUCCGGUCCCCUCCCAACAGACCAACAAUUCUCGUGGAGGGCUAGCUCCGGCCUUUCAGAUGGCUCCUCCGCCAAUGUGGACUUAGUUGGUGGGUACUACACCGAAGGAGACAACGUCAAACACAAUUUCCCAAUGGCGUUUACCACCACAAUGCUUUCAUGGAGCACGCUUGAGUACGGUGAGCAGAUGGGUACUGAGCUCCAAAAUGCUCUUGUUAACAUCCGUUGGGCCACGGAUUAUCUGCUGAAAUGUGCUACAGCCACUCCCGAGAAGCUUUACGUCGGGGUAGGAGAUCCUAAUGCUGAUCACAAAUGCUGGGAACGGCCUGAAGAUAUGGACACACCUCGUACAGUCUAUUCUGUAUCCCCUUCUAACCCCGGUUCUGACGUAGCAGCUGAAACUGCAGCAGCUCUGGCCGCAGCUUCUAUGGUUUUCAAGGAAGUUGAUUCUGCUUACUCGCUUUUGCUGCUGGCAACAGCUAAGAAUGUGAUGCAGUUUGCCAUUAAGUACAGAGGAAGUUAUAGUGAUUCCCUUUCUUCAUCUGUCUGUCCUUUCUACUGCUCCUACUCUGGUUACAAGGACGAGCUAAUGUGGGGUGCGGCCUGGCUGCUGAAAGCAACCGAUGACUCGUAUUACAAAAACUUUAUACAAUCUUUAGGAGGUGGAGAUCAGCCUGACAUCUUCAACUGGGACAACAAAUAUGCUGGCGCUUAUGUUCUUCUUUCACAGCGAGCAUUAGUUAACAACGACAACACCUUUGAACAAUACAAGCUAGAAGCUGAGAGUUUCAUAUGCAAGAUCCUCCCAAACACUCCCUCUUCUUCUACCAGUUACACUCCAGGAGGCUUGAUGUACAACUACAAGUUACCUCAGAGCAACCUACAACACGUAACGGCCAUAACAUUCUUGCUCACAACCUACGCCAAGUACAUGAAAGCCACACAACACACGUUCAACUGCGGAAACUCCGUUACCAUUGUCCCCGACACCUUGAUAAGCUUAUCGAAGCAAGAAGUGGAUUAUAUACUCGGCGAGAAUCCGGCCAAGAUGUCGUAUAUGGUUGGAUACGGAACUAGUUUUCCCAUGAGAAUCCACCACAGAGGAUCAUCUAUUCCUUCACAACCACACUUCAGCUGCGCAGAUGGACUCCAAUUUUUAAAUACUUCAAACCCUAACCCUAACAUUCUCACGGGAGCAAUCGUAGGAGGUCCAAAUGAGAAGGAUGCGUAUGCAGAUAACAGAGAAGAUUUCAUUCAAUCGGAGCCUACUACUUACAUCAACGCCCCCUUCGUCGGACCUUUGGCGUACUUCGCCUCCGGUGGAUCGGCUUGAAACCGUCGGCCGAAGCCGAACGUGACAAUAUCCAAUUGAACAAGUAAUUUAAAUGUGUAACUUUUUAAUAGGCUAAGGUCCAAUUUUAUUGGACCUGGUAUAAAUAUGAUAAUCGUGUUCGUACGAGACUUCAUUUUAAUAAACCAAUCUUCCGGUUGA